AUGCUUCCGAGGGCUUUUCAUUUCGCUCAACUCGGCUUUGGCGCCAAAGCAUAUAUCAGUUUUGUUGAUUGCGUUUUGCAUGUGGAAGAAUCACAUGUGACCACAAUGGCCGUUCUAUCCCCUGCUUUAGUCAUAGCCAUGUGUGUUAUGUUUAUCUUAACUCGUCUGCACCGUCACUACUACAUUUUCGAAAACCCGUUCCUCUUCGGUCUAAUCUACUGUUUGGAACCCGAUCGCGAGGAAGUCGAGGCAAUCAUGCAGUCCUCCUCCACCUCGAAACCUUCCCAGUCCUCGCAAUCGAACAAGACAAAAGGAAAGCAACCCACUGCACGUGCAUCUGUGCAACCUCCGAAGGCCAAGUACUCAGCCACCUCGCUCACAGUCCGCCGCAACGUCCUGAACGAGACAUUUUUCUCAGAGGAAGCAGAGUUUCCACACCACCGCCAAUUCGACCAUCUCAUGGCCAUUUGCUGUGGCUACUUUGCGGCGUACGCUUUUGAAGAGACUGUUGGCUGCUUUUAUCCUAGUUUGCUCGCGAAUAAACGCUCGGCUUAUGUCGCCAUUCUUGGCGUGGGCUUUGCGCUUUUCGAGGCCAUACGAAUUUCGGUCGGCAUGACCUCAGUGAGGAUCAUGUGCAGUCUGGGAGUGCUGGCUGGGCUCGCGGCCUUGUCAGUUAUUUCUGCGGGAAAUUUCUCCAGCUUUGUUCGAUUUGAUGAGGCGUUCGAGAGUCUGGGGGAGGUCGUCACUUCAGUGCUUAGGACUCGCUUGAAGAUAAACGUGGCUUCUGCAGACAUUUGGGCAAAGAGAAUUGCUAUGGUGGGGCGCUUUUUCGUUGCGAUAGUAGCGGGUUUGAUAUCUGCUUCUGCCGCGGCCCCUGCACGCUAUUUUUCCAAACUUGACUAUGAGAUGCAUUAUGAAUACCGCGAAGAUGAACGAGAUCGCCGCGAUGACCCUUAUUAUCUUGGCCGACCGACAGCCUCCACUAUGUUCAUGGUUGCGCUGGACUAUGUAGUCCCAUUCUUGACUGUGUUCCUGUGGUGUGUUAGUCCACGCGAGAGGGGCGCUUUCGGACAAUGGAGGAUUGUAUUGCUGCUGGGUUGUGUGUUCUGCAGAAUUAUCAACCUGCGCCUUCGCUUGCAAGCCUACCUGGACGGUGCAAUUGACGGGUAUCGGUCUUUCUGGACCACCAAAGCUUCCCUAACUCUUCAGCAAGCGACGCAGAGCACAAGUGUACAGGUACUCAGGAACUCGUUCUACCUGAUGAUGAUCACUGUUCUCUACAUUAGUCCAGCUGCCGUACCGUUCUUGCUCGCAUGCGUCGCAAAGCUAGAUGGCGGUGUGCGGAUGGGCAUCUGCCCGGUGUCGUCGGUGGUGACUGUUCAAGCGGGAGAUAUAUUUGCCAGAGAGGUUGCGGGUUUCUUGUCGUGGUGGUGCGUGGCUUCGUAUCUGCUCUUUGCUGUUAUGUCGGUGUCGUACGACUACGUCAUGGACGUGAUGGACCCGAGCGCGAGAGAAAGGCGGAUGAAAGUGCCGCCUCCUGUGAGCUCGUCCGAGAGACGCAAGCAGCGCAGAAUGAUGCGACAGAACACCGCUGGACAGGCGAUGCAUCAUUGCCGUUGCUCUUUUGCCCCAUCCUCCUCGGGAUUAGGCAAGGCGGGAGGGGUGACUAAUUUGCAUCAGUUGUUUCGAGGGAGGAGCCGUGGUGCUUUGCACCUGAUAAUAAGCACGCAGUCAAACGCAUCGGUUGAAUCGAAAUUAAUGCUGAAUCAAGGCAGACCAUCCCGCUCCCCACUGCAGACUUGA